UCAAAAUUUACAAAUUGCAGUGACUAUGAACAACUGGUAAAUAAUUUAGAAAAAUGACAAAUAUGAUUGAAUCAGAAACAUAUUCAUCUUUAGGAUUAUAUGAAUCUGGUGGAAGAAUUUCAGGAAUUCCAAGAGUGUUACUUCUUAUUGCAUCUGUUCUUGAAAAAUCAAUUCUAAAGAACGAAAAAUUGUUCGAUGGAUCGAGAAGAAAAGAAGUUAUUACAGUAUUUCAUGGAUCAAGAUCACCUUACUUGAGUAUCAAGCAAUACAUAGAACGGAUAUUUAAGUAUGCAAAGUGCAGCAAUUCUUGCUUUCUUGUUGCGUAUAUAUACAUCGAAAGAUUUCUUCGUGGGAACGAUUCAUAUCUUACUCGUCUCAACGUUCACCGUCUUCUGAUCACAAGUAUCAUGCUAGCUGCAAAAUUUUUGGAUGAUGAGUGUUACAACAAUGCUUACUAUGCAAAGGUAGGAGGAGUGAGCACAGCAGAAAUGAACAGAAUGGAGACUAAAUUCAUAUUUAGUUUGGAAUAUAGACUUCAAGUGACAGUUGAAGUGUUUAGGCAUUACUGUUUGAAAUUAGAAAGGGAAUGCAGUGAAGAGUACCAAAUUGAGAGACAGUUUCAUGCUUAUGGUCCUAAAUCAGUAGGCUGGCAAAGCAGAACUCAAGGUGGUUACAGUCAGAAGGCAAUGUAAUAAAAACACUCUUUCUUGCUUCUUCUGCAUGUAUAAGUACUUCAAAUUUUCAAGUGCGAUAAAAUGCGAAAUUUGGUAAAAUUGACAAGUUUUCAAUAUCAAGAUAAGAUCGCAAA